AUGAGUUUUGCAAAAUCUCUAACAAAAAAAAUUAAAACAGAUGAAACGGUAGCAUCGUGCCCUUAUAGCAAUCAGUUCCAAUGCUCCAGUGGUCAGUGCAUCACAAAGGAGUGGGUUUGCGAUGGAAUUAGGGAUUGUGAGGAUCGGUCUGACGAAAGCGAUUGUCAAAAAAAGAAAUGUACAUCCAGUCAAUUUACAUGUCCAAUCAACCAAAAAUGCAUCCCAAACAACAAAGUUUGUGAUGGUGAAAACGAUUGUGGAGACAACUCGGAUGAACAUAAUUGCGACAACUACUUAAGUCAAACUUGUAUGAGAUAUGGGGACCUGUGGUGUUACAAUACUUCAAAAUGUGUCACGAAGAAUUACAUUUGCGAUGGGAUAAAACAUUGUCCGGAUAAUUCAGACGAGAAGGAAUGCACUUGCAUGACAUUUCAAUACAAGUGUUCGAUCUCUGGCGAAUGCAUACACCGAGACUGGCUGUGUGACGGAUCCAAGGAUUGUCCGCGAGGUGACGACGAAAAUGAAAGUUUGUGCAGUAAGUUCUGGAUAUUUUCAAACUUUUCCAUAUAA